UGAUAUCACAUUUUCGUAAAUUUUUUGUCUUUUAAUAAUAAUUCCUCCUUUUUUUUUGCAAAAUUAUUUCCCUAUAAAUAGUAAAUACCCAUCAUCCCUCCUCAGUUCACAAAUCCUUUGUCCUUAAACACAAUAGAAGGAUUUCGAUAAUCCUUUUAUCUUUUCCAUUCUUUAUUUUUUGCAAUAUACCAACUUAUCCUCGAUUCGAUUCUCUUAACAUGGAUCACUUAACACUAGCAUUUCCAUUUUUACUAACACUUCAUCUAUUAGCAUCGGGUGUAUUAGCAACAACAACGUUCACACUGGUUAACAAAUGCGACUACACAGUGUGGCCAGGCAUUCUCUCAAACGCAGGAAUCGCGACGCUUCCAACAACCGGUUUCGUUCUUCAAACCGCUGAGUCCAAAACCGUAACCGCUCCAACCUCUUGGGGCGGCCGUUUCUGGGGCCGCACUCUCUGCACCCAAGACUCCGCCGGAAAAUUCUCCUGCAUUACCGGCGAUUGCGGCUCCGGCAAGCUCGAAUGCGCCGGCAGCGGCGCCACGCCGCCGGCGACCUUGGCCGAGUUCACCCUCGACGGCGCCGGAGGCCUGGAUUUCUUCGACGUGAGCCUCGUGGACGGUUACAACGUGGCGAUGCUGGUGGCUCCCCAGGGUGGCUCCGGCGAUAACUGCACGAGCACGGGGUGUGCUGGGGACCUGAACGGCGCGUGUCCUUCGGAGCUUAGGGUUACGAGCGAGGAUGGGAAACAGAGCGUGGCGUGUAAGAGCGCGUGUGAGGCGUUCGGGUCACCGCAGUAUUGCUGCAGCGGCGCGUAUGGGUCACCCAACACUUGCAAGCCUUCGCCUUACUCGCAGAUUUUCAAGAACGCUUGCCCACGCGCCUACAGCUACGCGUACGAUGACAAGACCAGCACGUUUACGUGCGCUUCUGCUGCGGCUUACACCAUCACUUUUUGUCCUUCUCCUAACAGUAAUCCCAGUCAGAAAUCAUGGCAGGGGCAAAACCCUAAAUCAGAUAGUAGUGGCUCGGCUUCAUCUUCUUCUGGGUCGCCACAAAUUAACAACGGCACAAUUGUGUAUAUAGGUAGCAUGGAUCCAAGUGAAUUAUGGUCCGCAGGUAGUACCCACGUGCGGGAAUCUCAAACCAUUGCGGGCUUUGUCAGUAUCACCAUCGCUGUUUGGCUCUUGUGCCACCUCUGUUAAUUUGUUCUUAAAACAAACUAUGCCCAUGAACUAUGUUUUUGUGCCUACAAACAUGGUGGGACCCUAUCCGCCACUUGUCUAAUCUACUUUACUACGUAGGCAUGCGUGUCAUUUUAAAUACAUCAUCCAUCGAUGGAACUCCACCACCUUACAAUGCAACACAAGUGUUCUGUUUUUGUCCUGGAACCCCCAAAAGCACAAUCCCAUGUUAAAAGCUAUGGCUAUUGUGGCUCAAUGGUGAAGAGUGAACAUCCCCCAAAAUUAAUAAACAACAUACUAUAUGGAGGAAAGGUGGUGGGGAAAUUAAAUGAUUUCUUUCCAGCAGGAGAGUAACUUUCUUGCUUAGUUGAAUAGGUAUAGUAUAGAAUUCUUUGUGUUAUGGGCGAUGGGAUUCAUUUAUUUGUUCGGAAUAAUAGACAACAUAAUGACCACAAGGACAAAUGGAUUCUUAUUGAGGAGUACUUAUUUUACUGCCUUCUAUCUUCAAUAAAUCACUUUGCAUUUUUUUCUCUUA